CGUGAGUACAGAGAGCUGAGCAGAGCUGAGUUUAGUUUUCAAGUCAGUCUGAGUGAGAGCGCGUAGAAGGCGAACGAUCGCGUUCCCUGGUUGUUUUAUUAUUUUAUCAUUCUUAAUGGAACGAGUGUAGAUCUAUAAAAUCCGAGUAGUGGGUGGAAUUGGAUCGAUAGUGUCUACUGAUCGAGUGCGGAUUUAAGAAUUAAUUCAGUCAUAACCAAUUGGUUGUUAUCAUGGACAGAACAUCGAGAAUUCUACUCAGGAAGAUUAUAAUCGACCUCGUCUGCCUCUGCCUGGUGGGAUUCUCAGUGCUAGCUUUUUACUUGUUUGGUAAGCCAUACCACCGUGGAUUCUUCUGCGACGAUGACUCGAUCAAUCAUCCAUUCAAGCCCUCAACAGUGACGAGUCCGAUGCUGUAUGCUGUGGGAAUAUUAUUUCCCAUAUGUGCUAUGCUCGUUGGCGAAUACUUUUAUGCGAGGAACAGCAAUGGACAAUCGUCGGUUGUGCUAUUUGGCAAGGUGAUACCUCCAUGGGUGUCAUUGGCCUACAAUAAGAUCGGCCUAUUCGGAUUUGGAUCGAUGGCAUCACAGGUGAUGACCGACAUUGCCAAGUACACGAUUGGACGAUUACGCCCACAUUUCAUGGAUGUGUGCAAACCUAAUAUCGACUGUACACUACCCCAGUAUCAACACAUGUACAUCACUGAUUUCACAUGUACAGCGAGUAACUCAACAGCCAGAAUGCUCAAAGAAUCUAGACUGUCAUUUCCAUCAGGCCACUCCUCGUUCUCGGCUUACGCGAUGGUCUAUCUCGCACUGUACCUGCAAUUGAGGGUGACGUGGAAGGGAAGUAAACUUUUGAAAAAUGUACUGCAGUUGAUUUGCUUGAUGGUGGCGUGGUUUACUGCUAUGUCCAGGGUCUCCGAUUACAAACAUCACUGGAGUGACGUUUUGGCUGGACUACUCCUGGGGAUUAUUGCUGCUCUUAUCAUGGUGUUUGCAGUUGCGGAUUUAUUCAAAGAGAGACGUGUCCCCUCAUCUUCAAUAGGCACAGCGCACUCCGAGAAAUUGACAACGUUGGAUUACGACGUCGAGCCUGGCAUGCAGACUCUGUUCCCGCUGACGAGCCCAAUCUCCGGGACAACAACACCCUCACCCACCAACAAGUGAGACUGGCUAAUUCCAGCUGAUGGCAAACGUCUGGUCUUUCAUUACUUCAUGAAAUUUGGUGGAGUUCUUCGGUGUUUGAUGUCAAGCCGACAACUGGGUGACAUUUCCCCCCAGGACAUCACUCGAUUUAGGCAGAAAUUCCAUCAUCUUGGGGACAUCUGAAUUUUAUUUAUAAUUCUCAACGCUUACGCCUUCCUCGCCACCCAAAAGUCGGCAUUUUUUUCUUCUAUCUGUUGCCUCGUAUCCAAUUACUGUCCAAUUAUUGUCCAAUUACUGUCCAAUCGUAGCAACCGAAAUCACGAGUCUAUGAUGAUUUGAAAAAUAUUUUUUAUGCUUUAUUUGGACCUCUCGAUGUAUUAUUGUACAUAUGGUUUUAAUUUCCUGCAAUUUGUACAAGUCUUUUGCGCUUGUUGUAAUUACUUGUCCUCUCAAUUUCAUUUUAAUUUCCUCAUCUUUGAGAGAUGUUCAAAAGACUAGUAUUAUUGUGUACCUUUGCUGGUAGUAUUAGAUUUAUUUUAUUCAGAGGUAUUUAUUCCAGAUUAUUGUUAAUCAUUAGAUUGUUACGAAUAUGUUUCUAUUCACCAGUUAUUAUUAAUUAGUUGUUUUAUCGAUGCACCAAUGGUCGCUAAAUAUAAAUAACCGGAAUAGGGAGAUGUAUAUUCAUAGCCACGAAUGUUUUCAACUGCCCUAGGGAUUAGGUAUUCUAGAUGAAUCUUAUAUAUUUGAUAUGAUUAUUUGUAUAGUUGGGAUUGAUCGAAUAUUAUCGUACUGCGGUAUUUACAUUUUUGUGUCUCGAGGCCUUCGAAGUUUUAUAAUGCAAAGAAUGUAACACGUUGUAAUGUAUUACAGAACUCGCUCGUGGGACGACGAUUGGAUACACAAAAACGUUGAUAAAUUCUUGUACAUAAAUUCUGAUAAGAAACUUACAACGAA